GUCUUCUUCCGCCUGCGUUCACACAUCAUCCCGCCCCAAAAGAAGACAGAGCCAAUCCAAAUCCAAUAUGGGCCCGGAGAACGCAGAUAAACGCGCCCGCCCCAAAUUCCCAAUGUCUCGCUGUUCUGCGACCAAGUACUGGAUCCCAUCAACGCUUAAAUCCCAUGUAUCCUUAUAUCUGUCUAAUUUGUGAGCCUUUUCCUUCGGAUGUACUGUGUUGUUCUCGUGCCGGGAAGCUCACCGCGUAGACAUGACGUGCGUCAUUUGUCUCGUCCUGACCGAAUAACAUUGCGGGAAUGGUACCACACCGUCUUCUUGCAUUUUGGCGUUGAUGAGAGCCAUUUGCAUCCAUGAUGCGAGUUAAGUGUGGCGCCGUCUUUACGGUUAUCGCAAAUUAUCGAUUGUGUUCAAUGUAGGGCUCCAGUCAUGAUAAAACACGUCCGUCGGUUCCCUUGGGUCACAAACGUUACGUUGUACGGUUGCCUGUUCGCGGGAGGGGACUUUGUUCACCAGUGGUUUUCUCAACGGGACCGAAUGGACUGGAGCCACACGCGGAACGUCGCCGUGGUCGCGUUCAGUUUCCAUGGCAACUUCAAUUUCUUCUGGAUGCGCUUUCUGGAGCGCAGAUUCCCGGGGAAUUCCGCCGCGAUGGUGCUGAGGAAGCUGGUCCUGGAUCAGACCGCUGCCGCUCCCUUGGCCACCAGCGUCUUCUACACGGGUGUCAGUUUUUUGGAGGGCAAAGAUGAUAUCAUGGAAGACUGGAGAGACAAAUUCUUUAACACCUACAAGACUGGGCUAAUGUUCUGGCCCUUCAUGCAGUUUAUAAACUUUGCCUUGGUCCCUCCGUACGUUCGGACCACCUUCAGCGGCUGUUGUGCCUUCAUCUGGGCCACCUUCUUGUGUUUUUCGCGUCAGAGUGGCGACGGCACCGCCGGUGCUGCCCUCGCCUGGAUGUUCCCCUCCAAGGAGCAUGGAAACGAGAAGACAGACGAGGUGAAAAGCAAAGUACUUGCUUCUCAAGAUGGAGUGGUAAAUCCUUCGUCCAAACAUAAAUGAAUUAUACAGAAGAAGAAAAAGAAGAAGAAGAAAGUGAGAGCCAUGGAGGUUCAUGAGUCACUCAGGGGUAAAUGUUGGUCACAUUUUGUCAGGGUCAUCGUGAUUUAUAAGCUUAAAAUCUGCAGCAGUAUAAGGCACAACUGGAAAGUGAUAAAUGAAUAAACAUCAUGGUGUCAAUAGAGUAGCAUUCAUAUUCCAGCUUCUGCAUUGUAUCUGAUACACUGGUGUACCUAAUGUUGUGGCCAGUAAGUGGACAGUUAGAAGGUGCUUCUCAGUCAGUACUGCUUUCAGGACAGGAACCGUUUGUUACUCAUGUAUUGUCUUCCAGAGCACACUUAACACUCACCUUUGAGCUCAUAUCAGGUCCGUGAGGAUUGUCAGUCUCAUCCAGGUUUUUUUUUUUUUCCCCAAGGAAGUUCGAAUCAAGGCCGAGGUCAACUUGGUUGGUGAUACUUGAAGACGUUUCACAAUCCGCUCAUUCAAUCCGUUUAUUGUGAGUGGCUGGAAUAUAUAAUAUAACGUAAAUUGGGAUGGAAAAUACAGACGUAUGCACCAAGGGGAGAAUAUGGCCCAUAUUGAAUGUGUAACUGGUGGUAGCUAGACUUCUCAACUCCAAGGGAGCCCGCAAAACAAGUUCUUUACAUGAGCUUAUAUAGGCGGUCACUAAGGAAACAUGAAUUUGUUGAGCCACGGAAAAUGAAAACUUGGAAAGGUGAAAGUGUGUUGAAAUAGUCGGUGCUUAUAUUAGUGCAUUAGUGGUACUGCUGACACAAUAGGAUCAUUUGUGAUAUUUCCUCAUUACAAACAGACGUUAUUGAGGCUGCUUGAAAACAAUAAUUCACUGAGCGACGACAGUAUAUAUUGGUACAAAAAGCCUACAGAUGCCUGUUCAAAUGCCACAUUUUUGUGAAAUAAAAAUUAUUUCAAAAUGUUUUCGACCAUUCAUCUGACCUAUAAUCUCCACAACUAAAUUGGAAACAAAACUUAAAUAUUUUACAGCGGGAAAGUAAAAAGACAGCGUGGGUGCUCGUGUGUUCUAACCAUCUUAUAAUUUAACCAAUCACAUUUAAACUCAUGUUAAAUCAGAGUCAGCGCACACCUGCUGCCAUGGAACACGCGUCUGAUUAACCCAAAAUAAAAAUGCUGUUCUAGUAGUCCAUCCAUCAUCCAAGGCACUUAUCCUCACAAGGGUCACAGGAGAGCUGGAACCUAUCCCAGCUAGCUUUGGGAGAAAUGUGGACUACUUCCUGAACUGGUCAACAGUCAGUCACAGGGCACAUAUCGACAUGACCACUGAGCGGGAAUCGAUCCCAUGAAAGUCAGGCGUGUGUACCACUACACCGUUCGUGUUUUAGUAGUGUUUUUCUGUCAUAUUUGUAGUCGCACCAUACAGCGCAGGGCAACGUGCUACACCCGCAGAGACCCUCCACAGCAUCGGAGGUACCUCAUUGUUCAAAGGUAUCAGUCAGGAGAAUUCAUACAAAAGAAUUUGCAAGUCAUGAAAUAUAAAUAUUUAAAUUUUUGUGGAUGGGAAACAUUUAAAUGCAGCACAGUAACAGAACUGGUAAAGCGUUGGCCUCACAGUUCUGAGAUCACAGGUUCAAUCCCGGACCCGCCUGUGUGGAGUUUGCAUGUUCUUCCCGUGCCUGUGUGGGUUUUCUCCGGGCACUCCGAUUUCCUCCCAUAUUCCAAAAACAUGCAACAUUAAUUGGACACUCUAAAUUGCCCGUAGGUCUGAUUGUGAGUGCGACUGUUGUCUGUCUCCAUGUGGCCUUCGAUUGGCUGGCUACCAGUUCAGGGUGUAUCCUGCCUCUUGCCCGUUGACAGCUGGGAUAGGCUCCAGCACUCCCCAUGACCCUCGUGAGGAUAGGCGGUGAAUAUAUCGUACAACUCAACACGGUGAAGGCAAUCAUUAUCCAGUGGUGAAAAUACAGCGAGACAGUAACAUUGUCAAGAACUCGACGUCCCUCCAAAAAUGCUGAAAAGUUGAGAAGGAAACUGAUUAGGGAGGCUACCAAAAGCAUGAUGGCAAAAAAAAAAGAAAAUAAUAAUAAUCAGUACGUUGUAGUGAUUAUGUGCCACAUUAAUGGUAGAUGACAAAAGCCUGGCAUUUGAGCAGGGAUAUGAAGACUUUUUGUAUCCAUUGUUUUUGAUUUGAAGGAUGUUUACAUUCAUUCACAACCGGGUACAAUCAUGUAGGCAUCGUGUGUGUGUACACUAUAUAUAGUUUUUUCUCAUCUUACCAUACUUGAAUUUGUCAAAACCAUACUUUUUGUGAUAUGUGAACGUAAAAAUAUCGUCUUUGCACCAUCUCCUCACUUCCUGCACAUUAAUUCAUUGAACAUGCCUCCAUAUUGGUUUCAUCGCAUGCUGUUAGUUUGACAUUGAGACAUCUUUAUUUGUACAAAAACUACUCACAACUCUUAGUAUAUGCAAACAGCAACCUCUGUUUUGUUUUUUGUUUUGUUUUUUAAUUUUGAGGCAAGAGCCACUGCACUCGGGGGUUUAGUCUGAUAUCACUGGAAGUAUACUUGUGUGAUUGUUUUGGUUUGCCAUGAAGGAACACCUAUAAUGAUACUGUUGAUUGAUGAUUGUGUUGUUACUUUUAUUAAUGAAUUCAUCUUGAGACAGAACCUUUCAACGGCACUGGAAUUUCAAUUUUUGAAAGUACUUGCAGCAUUGGUUUUGAUGCGACAAAGAAUUUUUAUCAUGUAAUGUGGUCUUUUAUCAGAUUUGACACUAUCCAACUUAUUGUGACUGUGA